AUGGCCGGUGCUGUGCGGCAACCUAUCGAUCUGCCCUCCCUGGAGCGGUAUCUCAAGCAGCAUGUCCCGGCUAUAAAAACGCCAUUAGACUUGAAACAGUUUGGAUUUGGUCAAUCGAACCCAACAUACCUGCUGACAGCGGCCGAUGGUCAAAAACAUGUUCUGCGGAAGAAACCACCAGGAAAACUGCUUUCGAAAACAGCACACAGGGUAGAGCGAGAGUACCAGAUCAUUCACGCACUUGAGCAGACAGAUGUGCCCGUUCCCCGGACAGUUUGUCUCUGCGAGGAUAACAAUGUUAUCGGCACAGCUUUCUACAUUAUGGAAUUUCUCGAUGGCCGGUUGUUUACCGACCCCGCAAUGCCUGGAGUCACCCCCCAGGAUCGAACCGAACUAUGGAAAGAUGCAGCGCGCACUCUUGCUAAAUUCCACCGCGUGGACCCGAAGUUACUCGGGAUGGAAGGCUUCGGACGAACCACUGGGUUCUACGACCGUCAAAUAAGCACUUUCUCGGUUAUCUCUCAAACCCAAGCCAAGGCCGUCGACGUCGACAAUGGGAUUCCUGUGGGCAACAUUCCGCACUUCAGCGACAUGGUCCGCUUUUUUUCCAACAAAGCCACCCAGCCCAGCGACCGCGCCACUUUUGUCCACGGCGACUACAAGAUCGACAACAUGGUCUUCCACAAGACUGAGAACCGCGUCAUCGGCGUCCUGGACUGGGAGAUGGCCACUAUCGGCCAUCCCCUCUCCGACCUCGCGAACCUCACGAGCCCAUACGUCCAUAUCGGCGGCUCACCGGAUAAUAUGCCUUUCUCUCCUGACUCUGUCCCCGGCCUCCCGACACGCGAUGUUGUGACGGGAUGGUACAGCGAGGUUGCGGGGUGGGAUCCCCGAGCGGAGAUGGCGUGGGGUGAUGCUUUCCAUGGGUUCAGGGGCUCGGUGAUCAUGCAAGGCAUCGCAGCCAGGCAUGCGCUUAGACAGGCAAGUAGCGCCCGGGCAAGUGAAUAUGCAAAGCAAAUGAAGCCCUUUGCCUUGGUGACGUGGGAUAGAGUAAAGAAGCUGCAGGAGGAGGCGGAUCGCAAGGCGAGACUUUGA